GAUGAUCGGACGCUCUGAUUUCAUUGUCUAGCAGAGGGGACUGGUGAAGAAAUCUGCUGAAUUUGAACGUUCGUUGUGAUUUUUGACAUCAAAAAUGCCAUACCACCCAGCAGUGUGCCAGGUACACUGAGACAGGAUGGCUACAAUCAAACUUGUGCUAACCUAGAAACAUGGAGGCUUUGCUGUGAUCUGCAUGGCUGCCCCGUUCCCCUCCAGUGGCAGAAUGGAUGCGUGGCCACAAAGACGUGGCCUGCAGACGAUGAACCUGCGUUCAGUGUUCACGGCUGAACAGCAGAGGAUCCUGGAGCGCUACUAUGACAAUGGGAUGACCAAUCAAAGCAAGGCUUGCUUCCAGCUGAUACUACAAUGUGCUCAGGAGGCCAAACUGGACUUCAGCGUUGUCCGGACAUGGGUUGGCAACAAAAGACGUAAGCUCGCCUCCAAGGUAGACCAGAAUGGAGGCGUGUCUCAUUCCUUAUCCAGUCACGGACUCGCUGGAGGACUACUCUCCAAUCACACAUUAGCUGGAGGUGCUCUGUCCAGUCAUAACCUGGCAGCAGGGGCACUGCUUCCUGCUGAGAUGGCCGCAGCACGGAACAUUCAGAAUCGUGUGCACCUCCUCCCUCCCUCCUCAUCCUUCCCCUCUUUCUCGUCAGCAUCUUCCUCUCCUUCAUCUUCCUCCCCUCUCAGCAGCGGGAGCAACAACAAUAACAACAAUGACGUUAUACUGACCGGGAUCUACUCUCUGAACUCCGUCCCUCGCUCCCGACAAAGACCCGCGGCCCCCCCGUCUCAGUCAGACUCUGAUCUUUCUGUGCACACAUCCCCAUCUCUGAUCAACCAGGUCCUGCAGAGCAGGAACAGCUCCACCUCCUCAUCCUUUCACUCCAAGCUGGUGUCACUCUCUCAGAACCUCCCAUCUCUCACAUCUGCCUCAGGGCCUUUAGUCUACACUGCAGUCAGGAAGGGAAGUUCAUCCCUUGGAGAGGCAGGGGUAAGUGCAGGAGCAGGGGCAGUACCUCACAACUGGACUAGGCAGUACGGUACAACGCAAACACGCCCUUGGUCCUCUUCCUCACAGUCCCAGACCCAGCUUCAGCCCAGACCUCACUCCAACCCCCAACCUCAACCACCUGCCCCGCAGAAGACACGGGUCUCCAUCCCGGUCCAAAACUCUGGUCCCUCCUCUGAUCAAACACCUCGUAUUCAGCAGGUCUUCACCUUGUCAGAAAAAGGUGAGGGGGGCCUACUUAGACCUGGACCAGCGUCUACCAGGAGAGGCCAGGAGAGUCAUAAACGUGCGCCUCACCUCCUGGACACCAGUGAUAACUUCUCCAUUGCGAUGGAGACUGGAGAUGAAGCAGAUGAGUGGCAAAGGGAGGAGGAACUGGCAAAUAUGGCCGCUCAGACACACAUCCACAGGGAGCAGACAUCAGCCAGUCCAAGCGGGGUUGAGGUGUCUGUGGUGAGAGGAAGCCACACACCUCCUAUGACUAGCUCCAGACCCACACUGCUUCACAGCAACACAACUCUUCAGGGCAGCUACUCCCUCACAGCACAGACCUCACUUACAGGGGAAUCCAGCUCACAGACUUCGGUCAGCGUGUCUGCUGCCCCCUGGGUUAUCAGCAACUCCAGAAAGAGAACACUGCAGGAUCGGACCCAGUUCAGUGAUGGGGAUCUCAUCCAACUGAAGCGCUACUGGGACCGAGGCAUGACCAGCCUGGGCUCAGUCUGCAGGGAAAAGAUCACCGCUGCGGCAAACCAACUCAAUGUAGACACUGAAAUAGUCAAGACAUGGAUCAGUAACAGACGGAGGAAGUACCGUCUGAUGGGUAUAGAAAUCCCACCGCCUAAAGGUGGCCCUGCUGUAUUUACAACCUCAUCCCCAGGUAACGAAUCUCCAGUAUCCCUCAGCCCUGACGAGGAGCGGCUCAGAACGCCCGAACUUGGAGAUGACUUGAAUGAUGGGGGAUCUGUCUGCCUGUCUGAAGAUGGCACCAUUGACUCACAACACAGAGAUGGAGAAGAUGGAAUAGACGUGUCCAUUGCUGCCCCAAUGGCCAAUAAUGUGAAGAUUGAAGUAAUUGGUGAAGACGAAGAAGAGGGGGAGGAUGAUGAUGAUGAUGAUGAUGGUGAAUUAGUGGCUUCAGACCUAGAGCAAAUGAAGAACCUGCUGGAAUUCAAGCACGAGGAAGUACAGUUCUUAGAGAACGAGCUAGAGAACCAAAAACAAAAAUACCUUGAGCUUGUAAACUUCACUAAGAGCCUGCUCAGUGCUGUGAGGAAUAACGACCUAGAGAGACAGCAGGAACUUAUGGCCAGUCUACCUCAGCCUUCAGACCAGGACUGGGACACAACGGUGGAGAGAGGAUCCCAGCCUUCUGCUGAGUCAGCAGACGCAUCCUCCGACCACGACGACUCCCCGCCGGCUGGCGCGAGCAGCGUUGAGCCUCCGCCAGCCCCAGCAAACGAAGAAGUCCCACUUGUCACCAUAAACGAAGACGGUUCGACAACUGAAGUUACUGAGCCCUCUGCAUCAGAGGAGCCACUGCAGGAAGCAGUUACAGAACAAAAGUGACUAUCUCAUGUACAUCAGCUCUCACACACUCAUACAGAUGUUUCCACACUCCACACAGAAGCUUGUUAAACACAAGAUGGACUCUGUGGUCAUACAUGUACACAAACACUCUGGUAAACUCAUGCUCCACGCCCAGUGCCUGUGGAUUGAUGCUUCACUAUGACUGUUGGGCUUACAAAUGCCUUUUUUACUGCAUAUCAUUCGCCUUGCUCUGGGCCAGUCCAGAGAGAACAAUA